CCAUGGGAGAAGUCAGAUUUUUUGAAGUGAGCAGGGGAAAAAAAAAUUGAAUGAUGCAGAGGGCUCCAUGAACAAAGCGAAUAAGGCUUGUAUCUCCCUAUGCAAGUCGAACAACUCCUCUCUUGGAGGCUGUGCAGGGAAGCGAGCAAAGAGCCGACCCCCUGCCAGGAUCAAAGGUUUGGCAACUGGUCCCCAGGCUCUGCAGGGAGAAGCGCCUGGCUCUGCUCCUGGUGGGCAUGGCGAAGAGAUUGGGCUUGGAGUGCCCCUUACCUGGCGAGUGGCUCCGGCUGCCUCCGGCACCUGCUGCUCCGCACGGCUGAGCCUCUUCCCUCUGCUCCAAGCUGGAGGAGGGUCCCCGGGAUGCUGACGUUACCAGUCCUUGCAAUCAUAUCAACAUGGUGCCUGUGUGUGUGCAUCGCACGUCGGGAGGUUCUCUGGGGAAAAAUGUUUUCUAACAGGAGGAACCUGAGCUUGUCAGAAACUUGCCCAGAUCCGAGCUCAGCGUGCGCAGGCAGGUUUCUUCCAUCAGCCCAUGUGAGUCAUGGCUUUCGUGCAAGCUGGCUUCAGGACCUGUACCCACGAGGCAAUCAAAUCACAGAAGGUGUUUCAGAUUCUUGUGGAGGCGAAGCAGGGAGGAAGAAAACACCAAAUCUCUUCCAUAGAGAACAAUUUCUGAAGCACGGAGCUCCCUGGGGCCAAGCCUCCUGCCAGCACGCGGGGCUUGGCAGUGAAUGGGUGCUCUUCUCUGGCCAGUGGGCAUUUAUCACCCGUGAGCUACCCUGCAGCAGUGACGUGGAAGAAAAGCAGAGCCCAGCUCCUGCCCUGACCUCAGGCUGGAUCCUAUGGGUCCCACCUCACCCCUUGGGUGCCCCUGGCUAGAUUCGCAUGUGCCAAAAUCACAGCCACACGCGUCCUCGCGAGGCUGCGUGGGACUUGAUGUGACAUGGAGACAUGCACCUCGGUGUCAACAAGGUGACACUUUAAUGCUGCUGCUGUCGGCUCGUCAGGCAGUGCCCACACAGCCUGUCAGCAGACAUCAGGGGAGGAGAAGGCUCAGGAGAGCAGGGAUGAAGUGCCACACGCCACCCUGUGCUGCCAAGGACCAGCUGGGAGCCAGGACUGGGAGGUGACCCACGAGGAAGUUGGCCGUGUCAGUGACAGACUAAUAAUUAUCUUUGCACAAAGGUGAAAAAGCAGCAGUUCGCAUGGCCUGAAUAACCAGAUCUGAUGAUUCUUGUUCCAGGAGCUGUGCUGAUCUCAUUUGCUCUGAAAUAUUAUCUGUGCAGCUUAGUUGGGAACAAUGUUGAAGUCCUGAACCUACCAAUAAAAGUCACACAUAAUCCAGGAACAAACCUUUGCCACCCAUGUUUUCGUUUUGGGUUGAUUUCUGCUCUGUACAGAGGGUGCCCAGGUUGCUGCAUGGGUGGGAAAUAGUGGCUGAGCCAGGUGGGUGUGAGGACUCUUUUUUGGUGGAAAGCCACACUUCACAGGGCCAUAAAGUGGGUGUCCUGGCACCUGGCAAAGAGGAGAAAAUCCUUUCUGCUCAGGCUGAAUGGCAGUGAGCUAGAUAAGCAGGAAAUGAAGCUGGAGGAUGGCAACUAGCACGAGAAAAUCAAAGGGGAAAUGACAGCCCAGGUUUGUCCGUGUCACAGUGCCGAAGAUUAAUAAAAGCAGAGGGGCAGAUGGUGUGGCAAUCUCUCACUGCUUGCUGAGCUGAUUAAUGCUGUCUCACUUUUCUUGCUGUUUUUGCCUGUUAUGCUGACCCACGUUUCUGUAUUUGAUGAGGAACAUGGGGCUGGGGCCAGGCUCCUCCUGCUGCAGCCCGUGUGGGCUGCAAGUGUACUGGUGGUCCUGAGCCCUCCUGUGCUGGGGGUGCAGAGAAACCCUUCCAAAAGUCACUU